AUGAAGCCCAACCAGAACCUCCCGGGGAAAGGUGUUGUUUUCGAAGAAUUUAGCUUCGAUGACGCCUUCACGUUUGGUCUGGAUAUCGAAGCUAAGAUCCCUGACAAGAAGAGCCCUGGUCUUCUCCUCAAGGAGAUCGCUGAGGGAGUGAAGAAGGCCAUCGCAAAGGUCGGCGUGAAAUACCGCGACAAGAAAAAGACUAGAUGA